GCUAGCUAGUUAACGUUUUUUUUGUGUGGCUGUAUCCCAAACGGCUCCGAGUGAACAUUUAGGGCACUAUAUUAGAGUGCGCGUGAGCACACUGUUUCUGAGGUGAUGUAGUGCACCUAAGUAGGGAAUGACUAGCCGAUUGGAGCGCGACCCCUGUAGGCCUCGUUUUGCUUUCUAGCUAGCUAAACAAAAGUAAUCUCCGUUUCGUGUGCGUUGUUACAGCAGAUACAGAAGAUCGGUUUACUCAGUAAAGGGUUUAUUUUUCUGAUCCAGCACGGUUAAAGAGGGUUUAGGUUUAUUAUUCGUAACUAACUUUACGUUCUGUAUGUACCGUUCGGUGUAUAUAGCAUUAGCUUAACUAGCAUAGUGCUGCAUUAACGCUAGCUAAAUGCUACAUUCUUCUGACUAGCUUUAUGAAUGAAUGUAUAUUGGAGUCAUUAGUUGCUGCAGUUAUUUUGUGACACUAACUAUAGAUGCAGCAUUACAUUCCGGCUGAGGUGGAAGCUGCGUCUCUAACCCCAGUCCCUGCUCCUCACCCACUAUGGCAAGUGAAGAGAAGAAACCAGAGACUGAAGCGACUAAAACGCCGACGGCCUCCGCUGCUUCGGCCGGCCAGAGUAAAUCCGCACCAGCGAAGCCUAACUACACACUGAAGUUCACCCUAGCGGGCCACACGAAGGCCGUGUCCUCGGUCAAGUUCAGUCCCAGUGGGGAAUGGCUCGCCAGCUCGUCUGCUGAUAAACUUAUCAAAAUCUGGGGUGCGUAUGAUGGGAAGUUUGAGAAGACAAUAUCCGGACACAAGCUUGGAAUCUCGGACGUAGCCUGGUCCUCCGAUUCCAACCUCCUGGUCUCGGCGUCUGAUGACAAAACACUGAAGAUCUGGGACGUCAGCUCCGGAAAAUGUCUGAAAACCUUGAAGGGCCACAGCAACUACGUUUUCUGCUGCAAUUUCAACCCACAGUCCAAUCUCAUCGUGUCCGGAUCAUUUGACGAAAGUGUGCGGAUAUGGGACGUUAAGACGGGGAAGUGUCUGAAAACAUUGCCUGCUCACUCGGACCCAGUCUCUGCAGUCCAUUUUAACAGAGAUGGCUCUCUGAUCGUGUCCAGCAGCUACGAUGGCCUGUGCCGUAUUUGGGACACAGCAUCAGGCCAGUGCCUUAAAACACUCAUUGAUGAUGACAACCCUCCUGUGUCUUUUGUGAAGUUUUCCCCCAAUGGCAAAUACAUCCUGGCUGCCACGCUGGAUAACACCCUAAAGCUUUGGGACUACAGCAAAGGAAAGUGCUUGAAAACAUACACCGGUCACAAAAACGAGAAAUAUUGCAUAUUUGCGAAUUUCUCCGUCACAGGCGGCAAGUGGAUCGUCUCGGGCUCAGAAGACAACAUGGUUUACAUCUGGAACUUGCAGACUAAGGAGAUCGUACAAAAACUGCAGGGUCACACAGAUGUGGUGAUCUCGACCGCCUGCCACCCGACAGAGAACAUCAUCGCAUCAGCAGCACUAGAGAACGACAAGACCAUCAAGCUGUGGAAGAGCGACUGCUAAGCGAGAACACACGCAGGCUUUAUUUUAUUAUCGUUGCUUUUUUUUUAAUUUUGUAUCUUUCAUUUUUUUGGGGAAGACGGACAUCUAUUACGAGGAACACAAGGCCAGGUCGUUCAUACCCACGACGGCUUGGUCUUGGCAGGAAGUGUGGCGUACACACGUGUCCAGAGCAGCAGGCGCAGAGAGACUCGUGUUAAAAAACAACAAAAACACCACUUUUAAACCAUCUCUGCACUAAAAUCUCUCUCUCUGUAUCUCUCUCUGUAUCUCUCUCUCUCUCUCUCUCUCUCUCUCUCUCUCUCUCUCUCUCUCUCUCUCUGUAUAUCUCUGUAUAUCUCUGCCUUACCUAAACAUGAGAUGUUCUCUUCUUUGAUCAAUUAAGUCCCUAAGCGCUGAUACGUGGAUAUUUUGGUCUCGUAGAUUCUAGGCAGCUUCGAUUCCCUUCCUAGCUAACAGGCUUUCUCUCACGUGUUCUGUUUUGUAGAAUGUGUUGAUUUUGUACAUUUAACUCGAGCCAGAAGCGAACCAUGAUCAUGCGUUCAGUGGAAAAAAAACUCAGCAGUUCUCUCACACACGACAUGGUCUGAUCUGGGUAUCGUCUGUCUCCAGUGUUUAUCGUGUGCCUGAUUCUGUGCCAUUUUAAGGUGGAAUUUAUUAAACUGGCUACACAAUUUAGUGCCCACGGUGUGAGAUGGUAUAAAAAAUAGUAACAUUUUUGUUUUGUGGUUUGUUUGUUUUUUUUUGUUUUUUUUUUAUGUUAUGUAUUUCUCUUUAAAGAAAAAUUACAUCCUGGAUUACUUUCUAAUCUUUAUAAAAACUUGAUUUUCAUUAGCAUCCGUUUAUUUUGUCACAAACUUGAGUUUCGGUUUAAACGUCUUUCACUUUGGCUAAAAAAAAAGUGCUUUCCAAUUUUACCCGUUUGACCCAAGCUGUUAGAACGAUGUCUACCUAACGACAGAGAAGCGGCGGCCCUUUAUUCUCGAAGCACGUGGACUUUUGUUCCCUUAACGCCAAGACAUUUUCUACAGCUAUGUGAACUCUCAGAACUCCUCAAGCUUCAUGCUUCGUGUUCAAGCCGCACACACAUUUCAUAACACCAUUAACUGAUGUGAUAACUGAAGUAUUCGGUGAAUAUCCGGUGUUCCGCCUUAGUCACCGACACCUCAAACGUUUCGUAGAAAUGCUCAGAUUUGCGUUUUGUGGAUUAUUUCAGUAUAAGUGUUUGCGCCGCCUCAGAUUUCUGGCGCACCGAUUUCUGGAAAUGGGUUAAAAGUAAAUACUUUAAAAAACAAAAAUAACAACGUAUUUUUUCGGGAUCCAUCGAUAAAGAUUAUCUCGUAAGGAAAAUUGUAAGUAAUUUCACUUCCUGUAAAAAUAUUUUCUAUUGUAUAAAUUCAGUCGUCAUCAUCCUGCAAGUCUGCAACACUUUAGGUAUUUUGUGCUUAGACGCAAGGAUCUUAAAAGUUGCUUUAUAUGUUACGUAGCUGCGUCUGUGGAAAAUAGUGACCAAAUAUCAAGCUGGGCUUUAGCACUGCCUCAGGUUUGUGUAACCUCCCAUUCAGCUCUCUUUCUUUGUGCUCUUACACAGUGUGUGUGUGUGUGUGUGUGUGUGUGCGCAGUAGUAAUAAUGGUGGAUGAGUGUUGUAUUUUCCUGCAAAGUGAAGGUUGGUGUUAAACCCAGCCUCUGCUCUUUCUCUCUCUCUCUCUCUGUUGAAUUUCAGUGUGAUACAAGGGCUGCAUGAGAAACUGGACUUGACCUGUGACUCAAUAAAGUUGUUCCUUUUUUUUUC